UUGGGUAUGACUUAUUUAAAACUUGGUCAGCAAGUACGUUUUGGAAGUUGAUAUCUUUCUCUACACUGAACUCUUGCACUGCGCCAUUGCCGACCUUCGUCAGUGACUCACUCGAGAGGAUGAGAGAAACUGGCAGCAGCAGCAGCAGGAGCAGCCACAUGAGCCCGAAAACCACAGACUCACUUCCAGCCAUGAGAAAGGGUCCAUGGCUGCCUGAGGAAGAUGAGAUCCUCCUAGAGUACGUCAGGCAAUUUGGUGCCAGAGAUUGGAGCUCCAUUCGAUCCAAAGGUUUGCUACCAAGAACAGGAAAAUCAUGCCGCCUGCGCUGGGUUAACAAGCUUAAGCCUGACUUAAAGAGCAGGUGCAAGUUCUCACCCGAAGAGGAGAGGAUAGUGAUAGAACUGCAAGCCAAAUUCGGUAAUAAAUGGGCUAGAAUUGCUACUUAUCUACCAGGAAGGACCGACAAUGAUGUGAAGAAUUUCUGGAGUACAAGACAGAAGAGGUUGGCAAGGAUGCUUCAAGCUCCAGCACCGGGACAAGCAUCGUCGUCGUCAUCAUCUGCGGCUCCGACUUCGAUUAUGGCUCCUCCGACUUCGGCUAUGGCUCCGACUCCGACUCCGACUCCGACUCAGGCUCCGGCAUUGCAGUACCCACCACCUAAGCUUGUUACAAUGGAUGCCAGGGGCAUAGAUCCAGUUGCAAGGAUCAGAAUUUUCCAAGAAUUUUCGGUGUUUGAGGCACCCCUUCUCAAUCCCUUGCCGUUCUCCGGCGAACCACAAUGCGAUCAAACCUCGAACUGUUCCACCGUUCUUGGCAACGCUGAUGUGAUCACCAUGGUUCGCUUGCCGGAUAUGAUCAACGAAAAUAUCCUCAACCUGGACGCGAACAGCCGUCCGCCCCAACAACUCAGGUGCAGCAACACAAAGGUUGAAGAAGAAGAUCAUCUAACAAUUGGCAGCCACAUCCCACAACCUCCAUUGGAUGUCCAGUUUGUGCCAAUGAUGGAUGACUUUGCUCCUGGAUUCUACGACGAUGAUUUUCCGGCGGACAGCAUUGGCCAGGAAGACCCGUUGAAGCUCCCACUCAGUUUGCCAACAUUGGAUUAUGAUGAAGAAAAAGUAGGAACCAAGCAAGAGGAUACCGACGACCCGGCUACUCCUGACAGCUUCUUUGAUGAUUUUCCAACAGACAUGUUUGACUGCUCGGAGCCAGUGCCUACGCCAACAACACUGCCGGACUGGUGAUCUCUAUCACGUAGCGGCAAACUGGUGAUGCUAGAACAAGAUGUUCAAUGUACACUUUGCUAGUGUUUCCCUAAAGCUUGGUUAUGUUUGAAUUAUGUACCAUGUAACAUAAGACGGGUUGCACACUUUAUGCAGAAAUAGUGUUUCCCUGUUC